UGCGCGCGAGGUCGGAGGCGACGUCGGGCGCUCCUCUCCCAUCGUGCCUUGCGGCGGCUGGAGCGAGAGACAGGCCGCCCGAGUCGGUCGCCGGGGCUCGCGCUGCCUCCCGCUCGUCCCCCCGGUUGCCAAGGAGACGCGCUUCCUCCCCUUCGCCGCCGCCAUGUCGGCCCAGGCCCAGAUGCGGGCGCUGCUCGACCAGCUGAUGGGCACGGCCCGGGACGGUUCAGUGUAUCUUUGCCUGCCUACAUCAAUCUGCAAGGGAGUUGCAGAAAAGCCUCAUGUUCAUCGAGCCGAGAUGAAACCAGACAAAGGGUGAAGUUCACAGAUGAACGUGUCUGCAAAAGCCAUCUUCUGGACUGCUGCCCUCAUGAUAUUCUGGCAGGAACACGCAUGGACCUGGGAGAGUGUACAAAAAUUCAUGAUUUGGCGUUAAGAGCAGAUUAUGAGAUUGCAAGUAAAGAGAGGGACCUGUUCUUUGAGCUGGACGCAAUGGAUCACUUGGAGUCUUUUAUUGCUGAGUGUGACAGAAGAACUGAACUGGCCAAAAAGCGGCUGGCAGAAACCCAGGAGGAGAUCAGCGCUGAGGUGGCUGCAAAGGCCGAAAAAGUGCAUGAGCUAAAUGAAGACAUUGGCAAACUCCUGGCUAAAGCUGAGCAGCUGGGAGCUGAAGGGAAUGUGGAUGAAUCCCAGAAGAUACUGAUGGAAGUUGAAAAAGUUCGCGCAAAGAAGAAAGAGGCAGAGGAAGAGUACCGUAAUUCUAUGCCUGCCUCCAGCUUCCAGCAGCAGAAAUUGCGCGUGUGUGAAGUCUGUUCUGCUUACCUUGGUCUCCAUGACAACGAUAGGCGUCUUGCCGAUCACUUUGGAGGCAAAUUGCACUUGGGUUUCAUCCAGAUCCGUGAGAAACUGGACCAGCUGCGGAAAACUGUAGCGGAGAAACAAGAGAAGAGAAAUCAGGACCGGUUGAGACGGAGAGAAGAGAGAGAGCGAGAGGAGCGCCAGGGGAGACGGUCUGGAUCAAAAAAUAGAGAUCGCAGAAGGUCUCGGUCUCGGGAGAGGAGGCGAAGGCGCUCCAGAUCGGCCUCCCGCGAGAAGCGAAAGUCCCGCUCCAAGUCCCGCGAGCGCCACCGGCGCCACCGCAGCCGUUCUGGCAGCCACAGCCGAGGUCACCGGCGGGGAUCCAGAGACCGGAGUUCAAAACACAAAUCCUCUAGAGAUCGGUCUUCACGGGAGAAAUCACGGGAGAGAGAGAAGAAAGAGAAGAGCUCUUCUGAAAAGCGGCACGAGAGCACCAACGGGAAAUCUCAUUCGAAGCGGUCAGAGGAGAGGGAAGCCGGCGAGAUCUGAGCUCCGACGAGAUCUGUGUUGUACUGUAAAUAGUCCCGAGAAACAUUCUACACGGCCCAAAUUUCUCAUUUAUAUUAACGGAAUACAGCACAUCUUUUGUAGUUCUGAAUUUCUAUUGUUUCUGCAGGUAGCAGAGCUGAUAGUGUAACAGUUCCCUACUGUUGACAAAGUCUUUGUGAAUAGGAAUAAGCAGACGUGGCAGCCAGUCCUCAGCACUGACUAGCAACCUGAGCAGAAUGCAGCAGCUGGGAGCUAGCCCUGGGGGUGGGAUCAUAAUCUGCUGUAGAAACUCACGCCUCUCCCCCCCCCCCCCCCGGCCGCCUACUUUAAAAUGUCACUUGUCUGCUGCAAACUAAAGUCGUAAACUACUAAAGAACUUCCUGCAGCGCUGGUGCUUCUCUUCCCUUUCCGAGUCUGGCAAGUUCAUUUUACAUUUCCGAUAUUUAGGACCUUCAGCUAAACGUCAGCAAGCCACACGGGUCAAAAGUUUAUAACUUGGAUCACAACAGCCUAGCUCCUUAAAAGUGUCUCUAUCUUUUGAGGAACAUGGCACAGUCCUUUUUUUCUUAAUUGUCUUCAGCCUGAUAAGGUGGUAGAGUAUUCAAAUGAACUGUUAAUUGCUGGAUGCUUUUUGCUCAUAACCCAGUUCGUCCAUGUAUACUUCCACAGCUUGCAUAAUUGUGCCCUCCAGAACCUCAUUUUUCUGAGUCUUGUGUCCAGAUUUGCAGAUUGUAAGUAUGGAACCCACUAGACAUACACAUUGAUUGCCUAUGGAAGAGGUCCUAACUGAGAUGGAUGGGGUUCUGUUUUAUACGGUCUCAGGUACUUUGGAAGUCUCUCGGAGAGGGAAGUAUUUUGAAGCCGUUCCAUUCCGAGCAACCCUUUAGCAAAAAUAGCUCUGCCCGCUGGCAGCAAAGAAAUAAGACAGCCCAAAGAAAUACCUAGACUGUAGGCUGUUUGGGGACCCCUUGCAUUUAAGAUUUCUUGUGCAAUUGCAGAGAGAGAAAUGAUUCCUGUUGGGAGUGUUUGGAAUAGAAUUCAGUGCUGAUUGCUCUGAGAUAACUGUGCUUGUCAUUCCAGUUUACCUGAAACAACAGAUUUGCAGGGUUAAAGGAACAUAAUCUAACUUUAGGCUUAGAAUUUGUCACUGCCUUCUUUCCGUUGGGUUAGCCUAGCGUGAUACCUACUUACAGCAGCUGAAUUAUGAUGCAUUGGUAAAAACAGAAACAAACGCAUUACAGCGGCUGCAGCCACACCAUGUCCAGCAUGUUGGGUUUAUUUGCUACUGUUUUAAAUAAUUAUCUGCUAGUUUACUAUACCAGGGGCUCUCAAACUUGGGACCCCAGAAGUUGCUGGACUACAACUCCCAUCAUCCCCAGUCCCAGUGGCCAGGGAUGAUGGGAGUUGUAGUCAGCAAUCUCUGGGGACUCACGUUUGAGAGCCUCUGUACUGAACCAUUCCUGUUUUGUGUAUCUCCCUCUUUUUUUCCUUCAUCCGCAGAAUUGCACAGGUCUAACUCCCUGGUGUGUCCCUCUUAUUGCAUGUUUAGAGUUUCCCUUUGCUUUUUGCUCACUGCUGCAUUCUGAUUUUCUCUUAAGAACAGCUAACGGGAAGCAUCCUCUUAAGGCCUGUCAUUUGUGUGGGUGGCUUCAGGCAGAAUAAAUGAACCUACAGCAGGGAGCAUCUUCUCCUUUGCAGAUGUCUCUUGCUCUGGCGAAUUAGCCCCCGGGGUCUCAUCCAGACCCUACAGCUUUGCAUGCACAAAUUGCCACCAGGAUGGGCGACAUCUGGGCACACCCAAAACUAGAACGCGUCCCCCUUUAGAAAGUCGAGAGGCCCAGUUUUUAAAAAACAAACCAGCAAGGCAGUUCACAAGAUCACAUUAUGUGUACAAAGUAUUAGGAAUCCGUCCCUCAGUGGGAUUUUGUUAAGUUUGGUAUUUGCAGUUGAGCAGUUUGAUCCUUAACAGCACCUUUUUUAUUUUAUUUUUGCUUUUGAGGAGUUUUGGUCUAAGUAAUAAAGAUGUAAGUAAAAUGCUGUUGCCAGUCUGAUUCACAUUAAAAGCUUAUCUUUGUG